ACAACAACAUUCACCUCGCUGUCUUCGCAAUGGUACCUGUAUUUAUUAUUAUCUGAAACUAAUUAUUCCCGAAACUUAUAUUGACGAAAGAGGUUACAUGCAAUACCGUUGUCGAACACAUGAUGAUGCAUGGGUAGUACCUUAUAAUCCUAUAUUAAUCAUGAAGCUAGAAUGUCAUAUCAACUUUGAAAUCGCCUCUACUGUUCAUCUAUUUAUGUACUUAUAUAAAUACCUUUUCAAAGGGCCUGAUUAUAUCAAAUUUACUGUAAAUAAUGCAGAUACUACAAAUUUUAACAAUCCCGAUCAUUUUGAACCAACGAAUUUUAAAACAACAGAUAUACUUCCUAAUACAAAUCAUCAAUCAAAUUCACAGUACAUCAAUGAAUUUAGUGACUAUAUAAAAGGAAGAUAUUUGUCAGCACCUGAAGCCGCAUGGAGAAUCUUUCGUUAUCACAUAACUUCGACAGACCCACCA